GGCGGGGCUGAGCGGCCUGGGCAGCCAGGCCCGGACGGGGCGGGGGAGGCCAUGGCCUCCGCAGAGUUGCAGGGGAAGUACCAGAAGCUGGCUCAGGAGUACUCGAAGCUUCGGGCUCAGAAUCAGGUCCUGAAAAAAGGUGUUGUGGAUGAACAAGCGAAUUCUGCUGCUUUAAAGGAACAACUGAAAAUGAAGGAUCAGUCAUUGAGAAAACUGCAGCAAGAAAUGGACAGUUUGACAUUUCGAAAUCUGCAGCUUGCCAAGAGGGUAGAACUACUUCAAGAUGAAUUGGCUGUAAGUGAACCCCGAGGCAAGAAAAACAAGAAAAGUGGAGAAUCUUCUUCUCAGUUGAGUCAAGAGCAGAAGAGUGUCUUUGAUGAAGAUCUACAAAAGAAGAUAGAAGAGAAUGAACGGUUACAUAUACAAUUUUUUGAAGCUGAUGAGCAGCACAAGCAUGUGGAAGCAGAGCUGAGGAGUCGACUGGCCACCCUGGAGAUGGAGGCGGCCCAGCACCAAGCCGUGGUUGAUGGCCUGACGCGGAAGUACAUGGAAACGAUCGAGAAACUGCAGAAUGACAAGGCCAAACUAGAAGUAAAAUCUCAGACUCUAGAAAAGGAGGCCAAGGAAUGUCGGCUUCGAACAGAAGAAUGUCAAUUACAGUUAAAGAACCUUCAUGAAGAUUUGUCAGGUAGAUUAGAGGAGUCCUUAUCAAUCAUCAGUGAAAAAGUACCUUUUAAUGAUACAAAAUAUAGUCAGUAUAACGCUCUGAACGUUCCACUCCACAAUAGGAGACAUCAGCUGAAGAUGCGGGACAUUGCUGGGCAGGCCCUGGCUUUUGUUCAAGAUCUUGUGACGGCUCUACUGAACUUUCACACCUAUACAGAACAGAGGAUUCAGAUUUUUCCUAUUGAUUCUGCCAUUGACACUAUAUCUCCGUUGAAUCAGAAGUUCUCACAGUACCUUCAUGAAAAUGCGUCCUACGUCCGCCCUCUUGAGGAAGGAAUGCUUCAUUUAUUUGAAAGUAUUACUGAGGAUACUGUGACUGUCCUGGAGACUACUGUGAAAUUGAAAACUUUUUCAGAGCACUUAACCUCUUACAUAUGUUUUCUUAGGAAGAUUCUUCCUUAUCAGUUAAAAAGUUUAGAAGAAGAAUGUGAAUCUUCUCUUUGCACAUCUGCGUUGAGAGCCAGGAACCUAGAGCUGUCUCAGGACAUGAGAAAAAUGACAGCUGUGUUUGAGAAGCUGCAGACUUACGUCGGUCUUCUCGCCUUGCCAAGUACAGAGCCAGAUGGACUCCUUCGGACGAACUAUAGUUCUGUCUUAACAAAUGUUGGUGCUGCUCUGCAUGGAUUUCAUGAUGUCAUGAAAGAUAUCUCUAAACAUUACAAUCAGAAAGCUACAAUAGAGCAUGAACUUCCAACAGCAACACAGAAGCUCAUUACAACUAAUGACUGUAUCCUGUCCUCAGUAGUAGCAUUAACAAAUGGAGCAGGAAAGAUUGCAUCUUUCUUCAGCAACAAUGUGGACUACUUCAUUGCUUCUCUGAGCUACGGGCCUAAGGCAGCGAGUGGCUUCAUUAGUCCUCUUUCAGCUGAGUGCAUGCUGCAAUACAAGAAAAAAGCUGCCGCCUAUAUGAAGGCUCUGAGAAAGCCCCUCUUGGAGUCUGUGCCUUACGAAGAAGCUCUGGCAAACCGCCGGGUCCUUCUCAGCUCUACUGAAAGUCGAGAAGGCCUUGCACAACAGGUUCAGCAGAGUCUGGAAAAGAUUUCUAAACUGGAGCAGGAAAAAGAGCAUUGGAUGUUGGAAGCACAGUUAGCCAAAAUCAAGCUGGAGAAAGAAAACCAGCGAAUUGCAGAUAAGCUGAAGAGUACAAGCAUCGGGCAGGGGGUUGGGCCAGCCCAGGAAAAUCCCACUGGGAUGAAUGCAGGCGGCCAGGAAGAAGCCUCAACCAAGGCUGUGCUGGAGCCUAUUCACAGCACCAGUCUGAUUGGGAUUUUAACCAGGACAUCUGACAAUGAGGUUCCAGAUGUGGAGUCUCGUGAAGACUUAAUUAAAAAUCACUACAUGGCAAGGAUAGUGGAGCUGACAUCUCAACUGCAGCUGGCUGACAGCAAGUCAGUGCAUUUUUACGCUGAGUGCCGAGCACUCUCUAAGAGACUGGCCUUGGCCGAAAAGUCUAAAGAGGCACUGACGGAAGAGAUGAAAGUAGCUGGUCAGAACAUCAGCAGACUUCAGGAUGAGCUGACAACUACCAAGAGGAGUUAUGAGGAUCAGUUAAGUAUGAUGAGUGACCACCUGUGCAGCAUGAACGAGACAUUAUCUAAACAGAGAGAAGAGAUUGACACGCUGAAGAUGUCCAGUAAGGGAAAUUCUAAAAAGAACAAGAGCCGAUAGUUUACACAUAGAUGGUUGGCGACUUCCUUCCAAAGCUGCUACUUUUGCGUGGAGCUGCAGGACCCAGACUGCUUGUCCAGUGUCCAGUGCCCAGUGCUGGCCACCUUCAGGGAGCUGGGCUGCUUUUGGACCUAGUAAACUAGUCAGUGUUGUAAAUGGCCUUGAAACAUUUAAAGUAUAUUUGUAACCAGUAAUGCAAAUACAGAAUUUGAUGUUGACAGUACAAUGGACAACAAUACAUGUAUCAUGGAUAUCGUAGGUUUCCUUAUGCUGUUUUUACUGUGCACUUUUUAAAAUUAGGUUUUAAUUUCAGUAUGUAAGAACAACAAAUAUUUUGUAUAUUUUCAAACUCAAUUAUAUGGUAAUCGAUUUGGUAUCUAUGGAAUAGAUCUAUGUUUCUGGAUAAAAUGCUUAAAUUGUCAAACUGGCGUUCCUUCUUGCUAUAAUUGAAAGCAGUCUCCAGAUUCUUUUUGAAGACUUAUUCGUAUUUUCUCUCUCUCUCUCUCUCUCUCUCUCUCAGAGGGAGUGGGUCUUGCAAACUUCAGAUCUUGUGGGUUUAUUAUCAUUGUCUUAUUAUCACAGCUCUUCAGUACCUUCUCUGUGUUGGAAUAAUAGCUUAAGGAAAUUGAUGUCAAUAAAUUCGUACUUAUGUCAAACUUUCAGGCUAUGAAAAUUUGAUGAAGGAAACCAAAACCUAUGAAAGUAUGUCUUACAAAAUGUACAGAAUCCUGACUUAGGUAUAACCUUUCUAAUUCCCCAAAUUGAACAAUUGUCUGGUUUAUCCUUUAUUAAUGCUUUGCGUUUUACCUUAACAGUACCUGUAACCAUACUUCAGGCUGUCCUUGGUUUAUGUCAUCAACAUUGUAUCAUUCCGGUAUAAACCUCUGGUAUGUCUCCAGCACUCUCUAAAUAUAUUCUCCUUUUACCUGAGCUGCUUGCUCAAGCCCACUCCACCCCAUGUCCAAGCCCCCAGAUUAGCUCAGCUGUUCCUGAAGCCCCUCCUCCCCGCCUCCCUGCCUGCUGCAUCUCUUUUGGGCCUCCUCUCUAGCCACCUUCCAAAAUGCCUUAUUCUGGUUUAGCUGAGAGUUCAUCACCAGUUUCCCUCUGUACUCAGCACAAAGGCCACCUCCUUGACCUCCGCCCCAUGGCCUCUGCUGCCUGCUGUAGAGAGAGAGACCCAGAGCUCACAGUAAUGGCUGUGUUUGGAUCCUGCCUUGGGGACCUCUGAGUGAAUCAGCUCAGUCCCAUUCUGCCCUGCCUGUCCAGGCACGGGCCCCUUACCCCUUUCUGUUUUCUGUGACCUCAUUUCCAGGUCUCUAACAGCUAAGCCAGCUGUUUUCACUGCAACUGCACCUAGGCCCCCAAGCACUGUGGGAAAGAGAUCAAAUAACCAUUCUGAUUAGCUCCCUCAUAAAUUUAGGCUUUCCAGCUCCUGCCAGGCCUUCAGUGCUCUGUGACAGUCCUUAUGGCAUUUCUAGUCUAUUUCUAUUCCUCCUUUGGAGGGUUUGGGAUAGAGAAGUCCUUCUAGGGACUGCCUUUUUCCUCUGCUCACCACUGCAGCCUACCUCUCAAAGGACUUGUCUCUUCUGUGUAAACCUCUCAGGGAAGGCCUGAGUGCCAUGGGAAGUGCAAAGUGAGAGGUAAUUCUAGUUUAGGCACAGAAUUGGGAAUUAGAUGGUUACCUGAAGUCCAUGUAGGAGUGAAACUAAAAA